CAGAUACUGAGACUGAACUCGACACAGCCAAGUAUCUGCUCUUUUAGGAGCUCCAGCAGUGCCAGAGGAGGCAGUGCCACUAGCAGCGACGACCGCAUCUAUUCCAACUGAAGACUUCACUCAAAGGCGGCGGCGGGCGGCCGGCUUCUCGCUCUGGCAGCGGCGGCGGCGGCUUCCGGAGUCCCGCUGCGAAGAUGCUCAAAGUCACGGUGCCCUCCUGCUCCGCCUCGUCCUGCUCUUCGGUCACCGCCAGUGCGGCCCCGGGGACCGCGAGCCUCGUCCCGGAUUACUGGAUCGACGGCUCCAACAGGGAUGCCCUGAGCGAUUUCUUCGAAGUGGAGUCGGAGCUGGGACGGGGUGCUACGUCCAUUGUGUACAGAUGCAAACAGAAGGGGACCCAGAAGCCUUAUGCUCUCAAAGUGUUAAAGAAAACAGUGGACAAAAAAAUCGUAAGAACUGAGAUAGGAGUUCUUCUUCGCCUCUCACAUCCAAACAUUAUAAAACUUAAAGAAAUAUUUGAAACCCCUACAGAAAUCAGUCUGGUCCUAGAACUCGUCACAGGAGGAGAACUGUUUGAUAGGAUUGUGGAAAAGGGAUAUUACAGUGAGCGAGAUGCUGCAGAUGCUGUUAAACAAAUCCUGGAGGCAGUCGCUUAUCUACAUGAAAAUGGGAUUGUCCAUCGUGAUCUCAAACCAGAGAAUCUUCUUUAUGCAACUCCAGCCCCAGAUGCACCACUCAAAAUUGCUGAUUUUGGACUCUCUAAAAUUGUGGAACAUCAAGUGCUCAUGAAGACAGUAUGUGGAACCCCAGGGUACUGCGCACCUGAAAUUCUUAGAGGUUGUGCCUAUGGACCUGAGGUGGACAUGUGGUCUGUAGGAAUAAUCACCUACAUCUUACUUUGUGGAUUUGAACCAUUCUAUGAUGAAAGAGGCGAUCAGUUCAUGUUCAGGAGAAUUCUGAAUUGUGAAUAUUACUUUAUCUCCCCCUGGUGGGAUGAAGUAUCUCUAAAUGCCAAGGACUUGGUCAGAAAAUUAAUCAUUUUGGAUCCAAAGAAACGGCUGACUACCUUUCAAGCUCUCCAGCAUCCGUGGGUCACAGGUAAAGCAGCCAAUUUUGUACACAUGGAUACCGCUCAAAAGAAGCUCCAAGAAUUCAAUGCCCGGCGUAAGCUUAAGGCAGCGGUGAAGGCUGUGGUGGCCUCUUCCCGCCUGGGAAGUGCCAGCAGCAGCCAUGGCAGCAUCCAGGAGAGCCACAAGCCUAGCCGAGACCCUUCUCCAAUCCAAGACGGCAACGAGGACAUGAAAGCUAUUCCAGAAGGAGAGAAAAUUCAAGGCGAUGGGGCCCAAGCCACAGUUAAGGGGGCACAGGCUGAGCUGAUGAAGGUGCAAGCCUUAGAGAAAGUUAAAGGUGCAGAUAUAAAUGCUGAAGAGGCCCCCAAAAUGGUGCCCAAGGCAGUGGAGGAUGGGAUAAAGGUGGGUGACCUGGAACUAGAGGAGGGCCUAGCAGAGGAGAAGCUGAAGACUGUGGAGGAAGCAGCAGCUCCCAGAGAAGGGCAAGGAAGCUCUGCUGUGGGCUUUGAAGUUCCACAGCAAGAUGUGAUCCUGCCAGAGUACUAAACCAGCUUCCUUCAGAUCUGGAAGCCAAACACCGGCAUUUUAUGUACUUCGUCCUUCAGCAAGAAAGAUGUGGAAGCAUGAUAUGUACUAUAGUGAUUCUGUUUUUGAGGUGCAAAAAAAAUACAUAUAUACCAGUUGGUAAUUCUAACUUCAAUGCAUGUGACUGCUUUAUGAAAAUAAUAGUGUCUUCUAUGGCAUGUAAGGGAUACCUAAUACCGAUGAUUUAAAUUUUGCAAGUUAACACAACAUAAGACUUAAAAGCAUACAUUUUCAGCAACUAGUGGCACAUAUUUGAAGUGAAUAGUAGCAAAUUGUUUUUGCUUUGAAAACCUAGCCAUACUACAUCCUUUGAAUUUCUUCACAAGGCAGUAAUUCCUUUGAACUACUGCUUAGCUAAUACUAGGUAGUGCUAAAAGACAUGGUCCCAUAACUUUUACAACAUUUUACUUUUUAUCAUUGAUGUGUUCAAACUGUUUACAAGGAGAUGCUUGUAGAUGAUAGUUGUACAUAUGUGCAAAAAAAAAUCCACUUGCAAUGGUAAGAAAUUGAAGUAUCCUUAAAGGCCAUGAAGCCAUAUUUCCCUAAAGCUUGUGUGGAGAAUGCUUUAUUUUAUUCUUAUUUAUAUGCACUAUAUUAAUAAUAACCAAAAUGUUCUAAGAUUCUGCCAUUUUACAACCCUGGAGGAAGUAAUUUACAAACUCAUGCUGAGUUCCAUUCUUUCCCUCACCUGCUCUCCAAUAAGAUGACUUUCUGAUAGACAAAGCUUAGGGUGUAAUAAACAGGGAAGAAAAGAAGGUAAGACUGUACUUAAACUGAUGAAGGUAAGAUUGAUUCAUUUUCAUUUUCCAGAUAAAAUUGUAUUUACUCAUGAAUUUAUACAACUUUACAGAUAAGAACAUUUUAAUGGAUAAACUCUAUAAUUACCAAGUUUCAAAUAUUUAGAAAAAUCUAUUUCACAGGUUAGUGCCAAAGUGUCUUCAUAGAAUAGGAAUAAUAUUCCAUUAUAAGAUUAUUCAUUAUUGACUUUAAUAGAGUAAGAAAACAUUAUUCUUUACCAAAGCUCUUUUUUUAUCCAAUUGAUGGUUAUCUACACAUAUCACUUAUAAACUAAAGUUAUUUAUGAAAAGCUAGUAUGUCUUUUUCUUGUAUUUGGAAUGAAAGUACCCACAUUUUACAAUGUAGUGUUGAGAAUGUGCCUGCCAAUAAAUUUAGCACAAUGCAAUUUAUUUACCUUAAAAAACAAACAAAAAUAAAAAUAAAGAAAAAUACUGAUUUCAAAUCAGACUCUUAAAAAGCUGGAACAUUAGACCUAAUAUUUUAUUAUGAUUUUUCACAGAAUAAAUUUAAUUUCUCUUUGACUUUCAUAGAAACACUUUCCCCCUUAUAGAAAUCGCACUAAGUAGCUCCAAUUUAUUUCUAGUUUGAGCUGAAAUGAAUAUUUUAUCAGAUUAAUUAUGUGUCACAUUUUUGGUGGGUUUUCUCAAUUUUAAAAAAGAACUCAUCUUAAAAAAUAAUUAUUUUCAGAGACCAAAUAAAGACAAUAAAAAUGACUGUCACACAAAAAUCCUCAUUAAAAAAAGAGAUCUUAAAUUAUGUUGGCUCUCCCUCAAAACUAUUGAAUUAGAAAAUGAAAUUAAAGCUCCAGUUUGUAGAGGCUGUUGGACCUCAGUAGACAUUCUUCUUUUCAAUCACAAAUCUCCCUCUACUACUAUUCUCAUGGGAAGAAAACAACGUAGGACUUCUUAUCUUUCAUAGUUUAAGAAUCUGACAGGUCACUGAUACGGAGCCCCUGAAGAAGCACAUCAUCUGGGCUCAGAAGAAGAUUAUUUUUUGUUUUGUUUUAUUUGUACUAUCUAGUAGAGGGCACUUUUCUUAUUCCCUCUUUCCUUCCUUCCUCAUUUAAUUAUUCCCUCUCAGAAUUCCCAUGUUGUCCAUUAUAAGGGGCUCUCUAUUUUUAACCUUUAAGAAUGUCUUCUUUGUUAAGCAUUAAGAUUUCCAUUUAAGAGGAUCAAUUUCCUGUUGUACUUUUUACCAUGAGACUGAACAGACACACACACACACACACACACACACGUAUAUGUGUUGGAAGAGCAAAGAGAGGGAAGGGGGUCUUGUUAGAAAGUGGAACUUAGCUGAAAGAUCAGAACACAUCAUUCCUCCCUGCCCACAGCCAUAUUGUUCCAAGGGCAGUUGUUACAUUAUUUCAACACUAGGGUAGGGCUGACUGCAUUGUUUGGCCCUGUGAACUAUAGAAACAAUGAUGCAAAUACCAUGGCCGAUGUGUAUUUUUGAAAUUACUCAUUUAAAUGAGUGCAUAUUACCAUUCCUCCACGUGAGUACUCAAGAGUUGAAGACAAUUCCCUCUAUCUUUUUAAACCUAUAAACUACAUUUUUAAAAAAUCAAUGAGAUUUUUAAAUUUUGACUCAUGUUAAAGAUUAGAUUCUGAUAAUGACUAUAUAGUGACUAAUUUAGUUGUUUCAGUAGGAAACAAAUCAAACUUUCAAAAAUAUUGAUCAUUUCAAAUUAUUCAAAGAUUUCAUAUACAUACAUCCUAAGUUAGGAUAAUUAUGUUAACAUUUUUGAAAGAACAGCCAAUGUUUAUAUUGCUUGUUAAAGUGGAAUGUAUUGUCGAUCUCAAAGAUUACUUAGCUAAAUAAUAGUAGACAGAGAUUUAAUUUAACAAAAUACUUCAUAACAUCACUCCUAAUUGGCAAUAUAGUCACAAAGCAAAAUAAUUCAAAUUUCAGCAAACAAUAAAUUACAUUUUGCAUUUUAGAGCUAACAUCACAUUACAUUAUGGGUUUUUAUUUUGAGAUAAGUUCAGCUACAUAGCAUAAACUAGUUUUUUUUUUUAUAACCAUGAAGGACAGUCUUGAAUUAUUUCCCCCAUUAACAAAGUCUAAUUGGAAUCCAGUAUUUUUUCUCAAACUGUAAUUUCACUUGUCCCAGGACACAUAAAUAGGUAAAAAUUAGAAUAAUAUAGUUGUAGAACUUAAUUGUCCAGAACAAGUGCAUUAUAUAAAUAUAAAUAUAAUGCAAGCACGUGUCAUUUAAGAUUUUCUAUUAGUCACAUUUUAAGAAAAAUAGAUGAAGGUAUAGUAUUUUUAAUCCAAUUCAUCCAAAUUAUUCUAUCAAUAUAUAGUCAAUAUUAAAAUUUAAUGAGAUAUUUUGAAUUCUUUAUUUUUAUACUGUUUUCAAAAUCAGGAGUGUAUGUUAGGCCUUUGGUACAUCAAGUGGUCGAUAGUCACAUGUGGCUGGUGGCUACCAUAUUAGACAGCACUAGUCUAGAGUACUUUUUAUUUUAAGCAAAGUGACACUUGAAGUUCUAUGCUUAGAUUUAAGUGGCCUCAGUUCUCGCAUUGAGGAGCUGGUGGGAGGCCACAAAGAAUGUGUUUCAGAAAUGUUACACACUGAGUAAAAGCUUUUUGACCACUCCUGCCCAUUCAUUUACUUCAGAGGAGAAAUGAUUCCUAACAUGACUUCAAAGAACAACACUUUCCUGGGCAUUACUAAAUUAUCUACUGACCAAUCCCUCUGACUCCUGAUGGGCCCUGGAGUCUUGACUACAGCCUAGAGUCUGCUGAGUACUGCCAUGAUGCCAAUAGCAUUCUUGCUUACCAAAAUCUACUCUCAGCCAACCAUGUGUCUUCAUUCAGGAAGAACUGCACAUAGAAUCUGAUUUUGAGGCCUGGAUUAAGCUGCAUGCCAUCCUUGUAUCAUAGGCAAUAUGUAUUUCUGGAAAUCUAAUGAACCAUAUCAAAUCUGCAUGAUGAAGAUUGUGUAAUGAUGGUGAUAUCAUGCCAGUUAUCCUCAAAGUGGGAAUAUGACCAUUAGCUGGCAUGUUUUAGAUUUCCUCAGAAGGGUUUAAUCAACACUGCCAUUACACAUGGAUUUAACAAAAGACUUUUGAAAAAUUUUUACAUACUGAUUUUAGAAUAAUCCUCAAGGUUCUAUAGUCAUUUUUAGUGGAAAACUUAAAAAGAAAGGAACAAUUUUUACUGUGACUUCAAUUUCAUAGUAUUUUAAACAUAUUUUGUAAUUCAGAAUGUUUAGCAAUCCCUAUGUCCUUUUUCACAUGCAUGGUAACUGAUGGUGGGUUGCCUACAGGCUGAAGAUUUGGAGAGAGCCAUUUUGUUUCAUAAAUCAGUUUUUAUUGCACAGAAGCAGCUGAUUGUAUUUCAAGUUGGAAAAAGAAAAGUAAAUGCCAGAAAAGGCAAAGGAUAAACUUAGUAAGCCAUUUAUUUUGUUUUAGAAUUGUUUUUAAAAAAGGUCAACAAAGUGAAUCAGCACUAGCAUUUUCUUGAUGGUUGACCCAAUGUAUAAUUGACAAAUAUACAUAGCAGAGUCAAUUAAUCAUAGUGCCAUUAUGUCACUUAUUUGUCAUUGCAAAGUAUUCACUCAUGUUGUCUAGAUUUACUUUAGAUGGUGCAAAAUUUCCAGAUAGUAACCUAUGUAAAAUGAUGUGUAAUUUCCUUGUAAUUCCUGCCUAUUAGUCCAUAUUCUAAUUUCCGUAUGUUCAUCACUGAUAUGUUCCUGAUCAGGGUCAUUGCUAGUAGUUGAGCAUUUACUGGCUGAACACUGUUUAAUGGUUAGAUGUUAUGUGUGUCUGCAUUUAAAAAAAUUAUGUACAUGUUAUUUCACUAUUGGUAUUACAAUAUUCAUAAACACAUGAUAAACAGAAAUGUACCCAAUAAUUUCCUAUAAACUUUUUCAAAGUCCUUUUGUUCCCCUGACACACUCAGGGUGAAUUUUUGUCUCCUUGGCAAGUAAGAAAAAAAAAGAGAGACCACUGGAGAGAUAUCAGCCAACCACCCACAGUAACCAAGUUCAGCAUUUCCUCUUUCUAUAUUUUGACCAAUAUAUUAAGAGCAAGUUUUGUCAUUAUUACUCCCUGUGGCUAUUACCUGAGAUCAGAUAAUAUAAUCUCAGCUCAUAAAGCUUGGCCAUUUCUAUACUUAUCUUGGAGAGCAAUUAACAAACUUGAUUAAUUUAUGUUUGGUUAUUUAAAAUGCCAACUUUCAUAAAUGCUCUGUGAUGCACUCAAGACAAUUGGGUUGUGUGAUAUUAACUUCCUUCAAGAACUCAGUCUGUUCCCUGUCGUGUGGCUCAGAGGUCCACCAGGGCAAAACAGAAGCCUUGACGAGAAAGUGAACUGUCUUACUCCUUUGAAGGAAUCAGAUGUUGCUCUAGAGAAGACUCCAGGCAUCUACCUGGUUGAGCUCAAAUGAGCCAAGUGGCAGAAAACCUCUUCUCAUCCUCUGAUUGAAAGUGAUACAAUUUGAAUAUUGGUAUAUUGUCAUUGGUCAGUAACGGAAAAAUGAGAUUCCACCAAUGGGUUACUCUUUUCCUGUCUUGGUUGGCUAUGCCUUAUCCCAGAUCAGUGUUUUGUUCCAUCCCUAUGGCCAUCUCUAAAGCCCUGACAGGAGCAUCCCAGACUGGAGAAAUGCAGGGUGUCUGUGGCCCAGAAUUUCGUUUGAUACUCUAAACAGCAAUGCUAAGACUGCAAAAUCACACUAUUCUAAAUAGUUGUUUUCAGCUCAUUUUGAAGAUUGACCUGGAAAACAUAUAGAAUAUAUAUAUUUAAUCUUUGCUUGUGGUUCUGUCAAAAUGACAUUUAAUUUUCACUCUGAUUAAUCUUUAUUUUCCAUUUAAAAGAUUAUUUCAGGCUACUUAAAUACAAGACCUUACAUUCUAAUUUUUGAAAGCUGUUGUUUUCCCUGAGCUCUCUCUCAACUCUGACAGUUUGUGAAUGAUAAAAAUUUACUAUGUUUGUCCUUUCCUUGAUAGAUGUAGAGCAGUUCAUCUGUUUUGUAAAGGUACAGUUAAGUAUAACUAUAGGCUGGGCGUGAUGGCUGACGCCUGUAAUCCCAACACUUUGGGAGGCCGAGGUUGGCAGAUCAUCUGAGGUCAGGAGUUUGAGACCAGCCUGGCCAACGUGGUGAAACCCCUAAUACAAAAAUUAGCCGGGCGUGGUGGCACACGCCUGUAAUCUCAGCUACUCAGGAGGCUGAGGCAGGAGAAUCUCUUGAACCUGGGAGGCAGAGGUUGCAGUGAGCCAAGAUCACGCCACUGCACUCCAGCCUGGGCAGCAAGAGCGAAACUCUGUCAAAAAAAAAUAUAUAUGACUAUAUAUUGAAAACUAUCAUCUCAUACUGCCUCCUUUUAAGACCUAUUUUAUAUGCCUAUAAUACAGUUAAUAUGCAGCAGCGUAGGGAACAAAUAGCAUAUUCAUAAUUUGUAAUUUUGUUUUUCUGUUUAUGGCACCGUUAAGUCUCAGUAAUAUUUUAAAAGUCCUCUAUAAGCCAAAAGAAUGUUGUAACACGUCCAUUUAUUAAGGAGUUAGGCCUAAACAAACAUUGUAAUAGUAGUCCAUUCCAUGUGCAACAGAUGUUGCUGUAUUUCCUUCAACAUUUUAAAAUGUCUUGUGAGUUUAGUGAGUGGGUACAGCUGAGUUGGGGUUUAGGUGAUUUCUUAUGCCCAAUGAACUAAAGGUAUCAGUAAAAGAGAUUAUUAGUAAACAAAUUAGUUAUUUAUGCUCUUACUUGAAUGUCAGUCGUUCAUUUUAUCUCUCGUCUUUAAGAUACACACAUUAAAACUUACGUGCGUAUUUUUUUAAGGAGUAAUUUCCACAUAAUUCCCCAAGAACUGAACUCAAAUCUCAAAAAAAGUUUUCAGCACUCAAGCAACCUAUGAUUCACAGAGCAAAUCUACCAAAGCCCCAUUUUUAUUGGAACACAGGCAUGCUCAUUUACGUACAUAGUGUUUGUGGCUGCUUUUAUGUUGCCAAGGCAGAGUUGAGUACUUUCAACAGAGACCAUAUGGACUGCAAAGCCUAAAAUGUUUAUCUGGCCCCUUACAGUAAAACAAUGACCCUGGGUUUUCAUGGCACCCCAAUGCCUUUUUGGUGACCUGCAGGAAUACAGAUUCCUAUAUUCCAGUUUGUUUGUUUGGUUUUUUUUUUUUCUCCUUAGCUUAAAGUUCUUAUUCCCAUUUGCUUCUGAGGAAGUUAGGAAAAUUUUGUUUUAUGUUGCAGAUGCUCUCACAACAAUAAUUGUGCUGGAGAUACAACUUAGUGAAAUUUUCCUACAGAACUAAAAACUAACUCAAAAUUGCAUCACUCCUGAAGAAAAGAAAUUUAGAGUAUGAAUUGAGUUGGUUGAGAGUAGAAUUAAAAAGAUUUCUAGCACUUUGAGCAUGUUUUAGAAAUUUGAUCCUUACAUUUAAAAUUAUGUAACUGACAUCUUUCACUGGCAUUUGCUCACAUUUAAGUCAAUCUACAGCUGUUACUAAGCUAAGAAAUGAGAAGAUCCCUUUGGUUCUGAAUCUCUCAUAAUAUUCUGAAGUAAUUUGUAUGAACUGAAUGUUCAUUAAUCAUUUUAGGAAAUAUUAUAUUUUGUGGCAUUAUAUGACAACGACUUUCUCAUCAAUAGCUCAGGGAAUACGCAAACAGCCAGCUCUUUUAUGUAAGAAAGCCAUUUUCUAAUCCCCACGCUUUCCUGAGUUACAUACUUCAUUUCUUUGAAAAGAGAGGGCCUUGAGUAAAUGCUUUCCUUUGCUUUCCUUACAUAUUUAGAAAUCCAAGAAGGGCCCUUGUCUUAGUCUAUUUCUGUCACAGAGAAAUUGUUCAUUCCACAAUAUCCAUCUUAAGGGAAGCUAGUGACCGAGAUAUGGAGAAAAACAUAGGCAUCCAUGACCUUUGUGUUUCCGUUUUACUUUCAACAUCUGUAAACAAAAGGUCACAAAUGAAAUAUUGAGUAGAAAAUGCAAUAUCAACUUACUAAGAGUACCUAAAAUUAUAAAUCUAAAUAAUAUACAGCAAUAUUAUUGCUUGAUUAUUACAGCAAUCAAUAAUAUAAUAUAGCCACUAGGAUACACUUGCUGUAGAACUCUGAACAAAAGGUAUCAAUCAUCUGCCAGUCCUCAUCAUUAUGUGUAGCAGAAACUUUACUGGAAUGAGAGAGGGGAAAGAUAACAAAAUGUAGAUUAGGAUUCCACAUUCUCCCCUUCCCAUCUUCUUCAUUGCUCAGUUUGAAGACAAUCAUUGAUGGACAAAUACUUUAGAAAAGAAUAAAGUCAAUAGCUAAUGUUUCUCCCAGAAACUAAACAACACCGUUUAGGGGAUAUUAGGCCUACAUCCUAAUCACACUUUAAGGACGUGAUUUUCUAACUUUGAAGCUUCCCAGGAGCAGCCCACUCCAGAAAACGUUUUCCCAGUAAACUUUCACUGAGAAACUAUUAUAUGCCAUGGAGGAGUCAAAAAUGAAUUAAAUCCAAUGCUAUCCUCCAGUAGUGAGCUUUGUAGUUGGAGAGAAAAGCCAACCUUACAGAUACAACCUGUACAUAUAUAACCUAUGCUGCAUUUAGGCAGAUGAUAAGCCCUAGGAAUGGAAAGAGGGAAAAGCUCCCUUUUGCCAGGAAUGAUGAAGGAAAGCUUUAUGGAAACACAGGCUAUAUGUGAAAGAUGGGUGAAGGGAAGAAGUAGGGGGCAUGUCUGGCUGAGAACAGGUAGGGAAGAAGUAGGGGGCAUGUCUGGCUGAGAACCGGCCUGAUCAUAGAGUGGAAAAAUGAAAGGCAGAGGUGAAGGAAGAAUACUAAACGUGAAAGGCUGAAAUACACAGGGAAGUGUUGCCAGUGUGCAGCAGGAUCUCAUCUUGUGCAAAAUUGAAUUAGACUUCCUUGCUCCUUCCUUAUUCUGGGUAGGUACAUGUGCAGCCUUUCCUCAGAGCAUCUAGCCUGCCAUACUUGGCUCAUCUGCUGUGCUUCUAAGCCAAAUAAAAAUCAUCAAACACAUCGAAGAUAUUUUUGGGGUCACCAGGUUAAAGCAAAGCCUCAGUCACUGAAAGCAAAAACUGAAUUGGCCAGGUCUCCACUGACAAAACAGAGUAAAUGAUAGUAUGACAGACAAUUUCAAGUUUUGCAAGACUCCAAUUUCUGAAAAAUGUCUUGUGACUCCAAAAAAUCAUGUACUUCCUAAAAUGUUGCCAGUGGAGGACCGAAUCAAGGUUAUUGCUGACAUCAUUUUUUCAACCUUUUCAGUUAUUUGACCUGAAUAGGCAAUCCCCCAGGAUUUCUGAUUGAAUUCUACGUGAAAGUUUAGAUUUCAAAAGACAACCUGUAGGAAGCUAAGUCUCAGACAACAAAAUUUAAAACCAUCAGAACUUGUUUCUCCAAACAUCAACCUGCUCCUGUCAAGUCCUUUUUCAUCUCUCCCUUUUGUCCCUUUACAUACUCUUUUGUAAGUUCUUUUGAUAUCAUUUGUUUCAGGCAGUAUUUUUACAUCCAUCUUCAAGAAACUUGGGAGACAUUUAGACAUUUAGUAUGUGUACUUUUAGUUGUCUUGCCUCUUUAUUUCAGAUAAUGCCUGUGAUUAGUGAAUGGCGGCAUUAUUCCUGAAGACAAAUAAAAUGAAGGAAGAUAGGGACCAAGAUUGACUGUCAUUUGAAUGAUGGAAGAGAAGCUAAGAAGUAGAAUUACUGUGAGGUUACAGAAAUCAUAAGUUAACAGAUAUUGAGAAAGGAAAACUUCCUACUCAGGCUUUUCAGGCUUAUGUGAUAUUAUCUGGAUAUGUUUUCUACUCUUUCCUAAAGGAUAAAUUUUUAUUCCUGGGUUGCUGAAAGCUUUCUGGACUAAAAGGAUAUAAGCAGCUCAAUACCAGCAUAGAGGGUUAGAUUAAUGGAACAGCACUGCAUACAGGAAACCUAAAUCUCCAAUAGUUUAGGCUGCAAGUCAUUAGCCAAACACAAGAGCAUGUAAGAUUUGGAGGACAAAGUAUAAAUAUGUUAAGUUUACACAACCAAGAUUAUAGGCUACCUUCCCAACUUCUAAUUUGAAGAGCACUUAAAACGGAGCUAUGGACACUUCAUUUUUAAAACCUGACAAUAUGGUGCUAUUGACUACUUAAUACAAAGAUAUAUUACAAUAUUUUUAGGUAAAUGUAUUAAGUCUGGCCUGGGCAUAAAUGUACAUACAGAAAAUGUUUGUAGAGAAUUCAUCAAAAUCAUGCCCAUUUGCUGUUGUAGAGCUACAGUAUUCUUCAAUGGUGGUGACUGACCAGUGAGUUUCUACUUCCUACAGAUGGGACACAACAGUCACGGGCUGUCUCAGCUGCCCAAAGCCUGAGGCAGACCGCAUGAGAGCUGUGGCUUCUUCUUGGACUCAGGUUGGAUAACCCAAUUCAGUGAUUAAAUAUGUACAUUUUGGGGGCGGUUGGGGGUGUUUUCUAGGAACUUGAAGAGUAUGUGACAUUAUAAAAACUGGGUGUUGGAAGACUAAUUGUAGAAAUUUGACCUGCGGGCCAAUGUUACUUGGGAUAAGUUCACUCAGACAUGUCAGAACAUGCCCAAAGAAGCCUAUACCUUGCUGCUGGGAAAUGUAAAGCAGUUUGCAUGUAGAAUAUGAUAAUAAAUCAUUUAAGAACCCACCAAAA